UCUUCCCUUUCCCCCAAAUCCCUCAAUCCAAACACACUUUAGGAGACCGAGACAGUCGGGGUCUCUGCCUUUCUGGGGUUCAAGGCUCCAGCUUUGCGGAGACCCUUGAAAGGUUUGAGUCUUUGAGAGAGACUGAGACACUGUAGAAGCAUAGAGACCCACGAUGUGGAUUGGUGGUCUUCGCGGCGGUGGUGGUAAUGGAUCUACCGGUAUAGCGAAAGAAAGUAUUGGUACGAUAUUUCUCUCGGGACGAGCCGUGAACGUGAGGAAGAGACCCACGAUGUGGAUUGGUGGUCUUCGCGGCGGUGGUGGUAAUGGAUCUACCGGUAUAGCGAAAGAAAGUAUUGGUACGAUAUUUCUCUCGGGACGAGCCGUGAACGUGAGGAAGAUAAAUCCGAAGGUACCUAUACAAGAAGCUAACUCUAUUGCCCAAUCAUCUACGGAGUCAUCAAGCAGCACGGCCCUCUCACCGUCUCUGACACCUGGAUUCAAGCCAAGGAUUCUAGCAUUAGUGGACUGCAAAGCAAAACACGUAUGAUGAUAAUGCUCAAAUGGAAUAUAAAUUGCAGAAUGAUGAAGAAGAAGCUAUUUUUCAGAUGUUAUGGAAUGAAGGUGGUAACAACCUCAUUUUUGUGAUCCCUACAUUGGGGAUGAGAAGAAUCGGUAAAACAACUUUAGCACAGCUAGUCUACAAGAUUCGAAAGUAAAGGACUAUUUCGACAUCAAAGUAUGGGUAUGUGUUCUAAAAUUUUUGAUGUUAUCAUCUUAAUGAGAACAAUUAUGUGUUAGAUAGAUCCAGAGAUUCGAACAUUGGGAUGAUCAGCAAAUAUCCCCAUGUUUGAAUCUCUAGAUCUACAUAACACAUAAUUGUUCUCGUUAAGAUGAUAACAUCACAAAUUUCCAGAAAAUACAUGUCCAUACUUUGAUAUCGAAAUAGCCCUUUACUUUUGAAUCAUUGUAGACUAGCUGUGCUAAGGUAGUCUUACCGAUUCCUCCCAUCCCCAAUAUAGGGAUCACAGUAAUGGAGUUGUUACCACCUUCAUUCCUCAGCAACAUCUGAAAACUAGCUUCUUUUUCAUCAUUCAUGCUCAGAUGGCAUUACUUGAAGACCCUCAAACUGAGCAAUCAAACAGUCAAGGAGUAAAUAAACUGCGGAUUAGGAAGCCCUCCAUUAAGAGGAGGGAAAAAGCUGAGUAAGAAGUCUUCAGGCAAGGGGAAAAAGUGAACUUGAGAAGAUACGUGCAGUCUCCGCCGGUCCUCAAGUUCAGUGAAUGUUUUUGCUCCAUUUUGUUGCUAUUUGGGCUUCAUUCUGACUUCCGAGAUGUCUGAACACCAUUGUUAGGCUCUUGGUUAUAUAGGCCUCUUCCUAUUUUGUUUUAGAAGGUUGUAGCAUGUUUUUGUGUAUUAGUGACUUUCCAUAGUCUAUUAACAAGAGUCGGGUGGAGCUGUGCAAAAGCAUUAAUAAUCUUUGUAUUGCCUUUAGUUGUCUUGGAUGUUCAUGUACACAUUUUAGAACAUGUAAUGAAUUUGAAACAAUUGCUCUGAAAUUCUCCAAAUCUCCUCAAGAAAUGUACUCAUUUUCAUUUAGGGUGCAUUUGA